AUGGGUGAGCUCAUGCCGAGGGGGGAGGUGGGGGUGGAUUGGGUGAACUCAGCGGAGGUGAUGAGACUGCAUGAUUCCGUGGACCACUGCAUCAAACCGGAGCUCAGCCAUUGGCCAGAGUCAGCGCUGAUGGAUGCAGGGGAUGCUGCCGUGUACGUCACAGGGACCACGCAUCGCCACAUCCACAGCAAGACGCUCACAACAUUGCAGAGCACGUUCUAUAACACCGCGACACCCUGA